UUCUGCCACUCCAAAGCGAGAAAAAGUCCCACACCGAGAAAAUCGAGAACAACUCAUGUAAAGUAUGUAGCGCCGCCAUAACCCUACCUUCUUUCAAUUUUUUUUUUCAGAUUUUGCUCUUUCGGGCCCUUAAAUAACAGUUAUACCCUUCUGGUUAUGAGAGCUUCCAACCGGUGCAAGCCAGAGCCACCGAGCCGAAGCUCUUCUUCACCACUCGGCUUCCCUCGUCACAGAUAUUGCCGGUACCGCCGAUUGAAAUAGAGAGCCGCCGAGCCAGCCGAACAAACAUUUUUCAAAGUCCGUCUUUACCCUUCCCUGUAAAUAUUCUUUCUUUUUUAUUUAAUUGUUUGUAACCACCAUGCAAAACUCGAAGAACCACCGCAACGGCCAGGCGGAGCUUCACCGCCGGGGGAAGUUAACAAACAAAUCCUCUUCCUUUCACAGCCAGUCAACGUCAACCACCGGCAUGCCCGGUGCAUCAAUUCGGCGUCCAAUGACGGUGCCGGAACUUCUGCUAGACAGAAACCGCUCCUCUCCGGCCGCGGCGGCGGAGGUUGUCCGGAGGCAACCACCGAAGCUCUUGCUGAAGGUUACGAUCAUGGGAAGCCUUGGUCCCGUGCAGGUGGUGAUGACGACGGAAUCAGCCGUCGGAGAUUUAGUGGCGGCGGCAGUGAACCAGUACGUUAAGGAAGGUCGCCGACCAAUUCUUCCGUCGAACGAUCCUUCGCAAUUCGAUCUUCACUAUUCUCAGUUCACCUUAGAAAGUUUGGACAGGAAUGAGAAACUGAGCGAUAUUGGGUCUAGAAAUUUCUUUCUGUGUCCGAGGAAGCAUGGUGGUGGUGACGGUGGCUCAACGACGUCGUUUACUUCGUGUUCUACAGAGGCAGACAAAACGACGAAGGGUGGUGCGUUUGGAUGGCUAAGGUUCAUGGAUUUGUCACGCUGAAAAUUACUGUCCUAGUAUUUUAUCACAGUUAUUUGCAGAUAAUUUUGUUAUUAGAUUUUUAAUCUUUAAUUAUUUGUAAUGCAUCAUUAGUGAAUGGCCAAUUAGUGUAAACAGAAUAUGUCGGCCAUUUCAUAUUUAACUUUUUGGACGAAGCUUCCUUUUUUUUUUUUUCGUUUCCUUCUCGAGAAGUUAUUCCAUUCUGCAAGUUGAAAUGGGGCACACACUGUCUUGUUUCGAAAUAAAAGUCAGUGAUGUUGAUAUUUAUAAA